UGACAUCACAGGCCUUUUUUCCUCCACCCUUCCUGCCUAUGCCAUGGCUGGAUGAACACAGAUGUGAGGGGAUUUGAACCAUCUACAACCAAUCCAUAUGUGACCAAUGGAGGAGAAGCAGCCCAUAAAGACAGAGGAGCCCUCAAAAGAAGAUGAGCCUCAGCAGAAGGAGACACUGACCCAUUUGUCCUUAGAAGCAGAGUCGAAGGCAGAGGCUAAAACUCCAGUUCUGGUUGAGACACAGAGAGUGGACAAUGCCAAUGAGAAAUUAGAAAAACCCCCAGAAAACCAAAAGAAGCUCUCUGACAAAGAUAUGGUAGCCACCAAGAUCCAGGCCUGGUGGCGGGGCACCCUGGUGCGUCGGGCACUGUUGCACGCGGCCCUCAGCGCCUGCAUCAUUCAGUGCUGGUGGCGGCUGAUACUGUCCAAGAUUCUGGAGAAGAGGCGGCGGGCGGCGCUGGAGGCCUUCUCCCGGGAGGAGUGGGCAGCAGUCACACUGCAGUCCCAGGCCCGCAUGUGGCGCAUCCGCAGGCGCUAUUGCCAGGUGCUCAAUGCUGUUCGCAUCAUCCAGGCCUACUGGAGGUGCCGCUCCUGUGCUUCCCGAGGGUUCAUCAAGGGCCAGUACAGAGUCACAGCCAACCAGCUGCAUCUCCAGCUGGAGAUCUUGCUGGGCUCAGGGCCUUGCAUUGUCACAGAGUGUAUUCCCCUCUCAAUAAAGGAAUGAACUGGUCUUUUCCA